AUGGCUACAAGUGCGUUGAGUAUCAAAAAAACUAAAAACAAAAUAAUCUAUGAUCAUGAUAUUCAAGAUUUUUUUGGUCUUGAUUUUAAGAUUAAAGUCGAAACUACAAAUGAAGAUAAUAAUGCAAAAUUAUUAUUUUAUGAUAAAAAUAAUGAAAUUAUGCCAACUCCUUUAUGGAAUAUUAU